UUCAGUUCAGGCACUGCCUCUUUGGGGUCCCUUUGCUUUGGAAAUGAAACUGAUGUAAAUGGAAGGUCUCAGACUCUGGAUACUGGCUGUGGGAUUUUUUUUCUAUUGUUAUUUUUGAUUGGGUUUUUUUUCCCCCUUUUUGGAUGUGAAUUGAAGGCCAACAACAGUUGAAGUGUUGGAAGCAAGUGCAGGAGGACGCUCACCUUUUUAUUUGAACCCUUGUUUGCUGGGAUACUUUCAAGCUCUCCUUCACAGUCAUGUGGUCAUCACAGCUGCUGUUCUUCACAAUGCUCUUAACACCGUUUGCCCAUGCUUUCAGCCGUGCCCCAGUGCCCAUGGCUGUGGUCCGAAGGGAGCUGUCCUGCGAGAGUUACCCCAUCGAGCUGCGCUGCCCCGGAACAGAUGUUAUCAUGAUUGAAAGUGCCAACUACGGCAGGACUGAUGAUAAAAUCUGUGACUCUGAUCCUGCUCAGAUGGAGAAUAUCCGCUGUUAUCUGCCAGAUGCCUAUAAGAUUAUGACUCAAAGAUGCAGUAAUCGGACCCAGUGUGCGGUUGUUGCCGGCCCUGAUGUGUUUCCAGACCCAUGCCCCGGGACGUACAAGUACCUGGAAGUGCAGUAUGAAUGUGUCCCUUACAAAGUGGAACAAAAAGUUUUUCUUUGCCCUGGACUGCUGAAAGGAGUUUACCAGAGCGAACACUUAUUCGAGUCUGACCACCAGUCGGGCGCCUGGUGCAAGGACCCUCUGCAGGCCUCCGACAAGAUCUACUACAUGCCCUGGACGCCGUACCGAACAGACACGCUGACGGAAUACUCCUCCAAGGACGACUUCAUCGCCGGGAGGCCGACCACCACCUACAAGCUCCCGCACAGGGUGGACGGCACGGGGUUCGUGGUGUACGACGGGGCUUUGUUCUUCAACAAGGAGCGGACCAGGAACAUCGUCAAGUUCGACCUGCGGACCAGGAUAAAGAGCGGGGAGGCAAUCAUAGCCAACGCCAACUACCAUGACACCUCCCCGUACCGCUGGGGAGGCAAGUCCGACAUAGACCUGGCCGUGGAUGAGAACGGGCUCUGGGUAAUCUAUGCAACAGAACAAAAUAAUGGCAAAAUAGUCAUUAGCCAGUUGAACCCUUACACGCUAAGGAUCGAAGGGACCUGGGAUACUGCCUAUGACAAGAGGUCAGCUUCUAAUGCCUUCAUGAUCUGUGGGAUUUUAUAUGUGGUGAAGUCUGUGUACGAAGAUGACGACAACGAAGCCACAGGGAAUAAAAUAGACUACAUAUAUAACACUGACCAAAGCAAGGAUAGCAUGGUGGAUGUGCCCUUUCCAAACUCCUACCAGUACAUUGCUGCUGUGGAUUAUAAUCCCCGGGACAACCUCCUGUAUGUAUGGAACAACUAUCAUGUUGUAAAAUACUCCUUGGAUUUUGGCCCACUGGACAGCAGAGCAGGGCAGGCUCACCACGGGCAAGUUUCCUACAUUGCCCCACCGAUCCACCUGGAUUCGGAUCUGGAGAGACCACCAUCCAAGGGAGUGUCAACAUCGGGGGCUCUGGGCCCGGGGAGCACCCCUGCCAGCACCACGCCGCGGGUGGCCACCAGCACCACGGGCCGCAGCACCACCACGUCAGCCUCGGGCAGGAGGAACAGGAGCACCAGCACGCCGUCCCCCAUGGCCGACGUCCCCGAGGAAAUGACCACGCACCUGCCGCCCGCCUCCUCCCAGCUGCCGCCGGCCGGGGCCGAGAGCUGCGACCCCACAGAAGCACGCGACAUUAUGUGGUCCCGGACUCGGCAGGGCCAGCUGGCGAAGCAGCCAUGUCCCUUGGGCUCCAUAGGUGUUGCAACUUUCCGGUGUCUCGCACCUGACGGUAUCUGGGAACCCCAAGGACCUGAUCUUAGCAACUGCUCUUCACCCUGGAUCAACCACAUCACUCAAAAGAUGAGGUCGGGGGAGAUGGCUGCCAACAUCGCGCGGGAGCUGGCGGAGCACACCAGGAACCACCUGUACGCCGGGGACAUCGCCUACUCCGUGUCCGCCAUGGUCCAGCUUGUCAACCUGCUGGACGUGCAGCUCCGCAACCUGACUCCCGGCGGGAAGGACAGCGCCGCGCGCAGCUUGAAUAAGCUUCAGAAAAGGGAGCGCUCUUGCAGGGCCUAUGUCCAGGCCAUGGUGGAGACGGUGAACAACCUCCUGCAGCCUCAGGCUCUGAACGCCUGGAGGGACCUGAACGCGAGCGAGCAGCAGCGCGCGGCCACCAAGCUGCUGGACACGGUGGAGGACAGUGCCUUCGUGCUGGCUGACAACCUGCUGAAGACAGACAUCGUCCGGGAGAACACUGACAACAUACAGCUGGAAGUUGCGAGACUAAGCACAGAUGGGAAUCUGGAAGAUCUGAAGUUUCCCCAGAACAUGGGCCAUGGAAGCGCCAUUCAGCUGUCAGCAAAUACCUUGAAGCAAAAUGGUCGAAAUGGUGAGAUCAGGGUGGCUUUUGUGCUGUACAACAACCUGGGCACCUAUCUCUCCACGGAGAAUGCCAGCAUGAAGUUGGGAACAGAAGCGAUGUCGACCAAUCACUCCGUCAUUGUCAACUCCCCUGUCAUCACGGCAGCAAUAAAUAAAGAGUUCAGCAAUAAGGUUUACCUGGCUGAUCCUGUGGUGUUUACUGUCAAGCACAUCAAGCAGUCAGAAGAAAAUUUUAACCCAAACUGUUCAUUCUGGAGCUACACGAAGCGUACGAUGACAGGGUAUUGGUCCACCCAGGGCUGUCGCCUCCUGACAACUAACAAGACACACACCACAUGCUCCUGCAACCACCUCACCAACUUCGCAGUCCUGAUGGCACAUGUGGAAGUUAAGCACAGCGAUGCGGUCCACGACCUGCUCCUGGACUUCAUCACAUGGGUUGGCAUCCUGCUUUCACUGGUCUGCCUCCUGAUCUGCAUCUUCACCUUCUGCUUCUUCCGUGGGUUGCAGAGUGACCGCAACACCAUUCACAAGAACUUGUGCAUCAGCCUCUUCGUGGCAGAGCUCCUCUUCCUUAUCGGCAUCAACCGGACCGACCAGCCGAUUGCCUGUGCCGUCUUUGCUGCCCUCCUGCACUUCUUCUUCCUGGCAGCUUUCACCUGGAUGUUCCUGGAGGGGGUGCAGCUGUACAUCAUGCUGGUGGAGGUUUUUGAGAGCGAGCACUCCCGGAGGAAGUAUUUCUAUUUGGUGGGGUACGGCAUGCCUGCGCUGAUUGUGGCCGUGUCGGCGGCAGUGGACUACCGGAGCUACGGCACGGACAAAGUAUGUUGGCUCCGACUUGACACCUACUUCAUUUGGAGCUUUAUAGGACCAGCGACCUUGAUAAUUAUGCUUAAUGUCAUCUUCCUUGGGAUUGCUCUCUAUAAAAUGUUUCAUCAUACUGCUAUACUGAAACCUGAAUCUGGAUGUCUUGACAAUAUCAAGUCCUGGGUUAUAGGUGCAAUAGCCCUACUCUGCCUAUUAGGACUGACCUGGGCAUUCGGACUCAUGUAUAUUAAUGAAAGCACAGUCAUCAUGGCGUAUCUCUUCACCAUAUUCAAUUCUCUGCAGGGAAUGUUUAUAUUCAUUUUCCAUUGUGUCCUCCAGAAAAAGGUACGGAAAGAGUACGGAAAAUGCCUGCGCACACAUUGCUGUAGUGGGAAAAGUACAGAGAGUUCCAUUGGCUCAGGAAAAACCUCGGGGUCAAGGACACCUGGAAGAUAUUCCACAGGCUCACAGAGCCGGAUUCGUAGGAUGUGGAAUGACACAGUUCGAAAGCAGUCCGAGUCUUCCUUUAUUACUGGAGAUAUAAACAGUUCAGCUUCACUCAACAGAGAGGGGCUUCUGAACAAUGCCAGGGAUACAAGUGUCACGGAUACUCUACCACUGAAUGGUAAUCACGGCAACAGCUACAGCAUCGCCAGCGGCGAGUACCUCAGCAACUGCGUGCAAAUCCUUGACCGUGGGUACAACCACACGGAGAACGCCCUCGAGAAAAAGAUCCUGAAGGAACUCACCUCCAACUACAUCCCUUCCUACCUGAACAACCAUGAGCGCUCCAGCGAGCAGAGCCGCAACUUGAUGAACAAACUCGUCAACAGCGUGGGCGGCGGGAGCGAGGACGAUGCCAUCGUGCUGGAUGACGCCACCUCCUUCACCCAUGAGGAGAGCCUGGGCCUGGAGCUCAUCCACGAGGAGUCGGACGCCCCACUGCUGCCUCCCCGGGUGUACUCGGCGGACAACCACCAGCCCCACCUCUACAGUCGGCGUCGCAUCCCGCAAGACAACAGCGAGAGCUUUUUCCCUUUGCUGACCAACGAGCACACGGACGACCUCCAGUCGCCCAACAGGGAUUCUCUCUACACCAGUAUGCCCGCACUGGCUGGCAUGCCCAUGACGGAAAGCGUCACCGCCAGCACCCAGACCGAUCCUCCACCAGCGAAAAGCGGCGGUGGCGAUGCCGACGACGUUUACUACAAAAGCAUGCCCAAUCUUGGCUCCAGGAACCACGUCCAUCAGCUACACACUUACUACCAGCUAGGUCGAGGCAGCAGCGACGGUUUUAUAGUCCCGCCAAACAAAGAGGGAACCUCUCCGGACGGCAAUGCAAAAGGACCCGCUCACUUGGUCACUAGUCUAUAGAAGAUUCAGCAAAAAUUAAACAAAGAGACAACUAAAAGCCUCUCCGUAACACUCGGUUUACUGUUCUGAGUUAAUCCAAACAGUGGUAAUAUUGUGUGUACUCCUAAAUCUUCAUGCUGUUCAAAAGGAAAUUCUCAGACUUUUUUUACUGGAAUUUUUAGGCCGGCCCGGAGAGGACAGUAACUGCUGUGCCCCCCUUAUCUUCCCAUCCUUCUUCCCUCCAGACAGACUUCAUUAUGUUAAUGAAAGAGAUAGAUAACGGCACACUUCGUGGCCUUCUCAAGUUAUGCCGUGUUUGUUUAAACAAUCCCUGAUGCUGUGUUGCUCUUAAUACCAAGGACCUGAUUUAAGAGGGAAAAAAAAUAAUAAAAGGCCAAAAAUGUGCAUUUGAAGCUAGUAGCGAUGACGCAUCUAGGUGGGAGUGCUGCGUAAAACAAGCUAGCAAAACUCUUUCUUACCAAUCCAGGUCACACCAUGGGUUAUGGUCACUCACAACUUGGUUUCACUGCAGCGCCCUUCGCUGCAGGAGCAAACAAAACGUAAACAAAUUCAAUGAGACGGAAGGGAAUCCUAGAAUCCUGUGCUAAAGGCAUAUUUUACAUUUUGCUGUAUUAACGGAUGAUAAAAACUAAUGGCAGAAAAAGAGAAGCGAACAAUUUCUAUGUAAUGUACAGAUACUAGCAUUGCACAUAUAGUCUGCUUUCUGUUCCUCCAGAACUUGCGUCCCUGUUAAUGUAGUGGAAAAAAAAAUAAGAACUUUUUUCUGUUGUGCUGGUCUUGUAAGUUUGUCUACCAGUAGGAGCAAGGUUUUUCAUAACUCUUUCCUUUAUUUUUUUUUUUAAUUUUAUUUUGCCUCGUCCACUGCUCCUUCUCUCUGUCCCCUUCCCAUCCCAGUAAAAAAACUCACUGAGCAAAAAAAAAAAUCCCCGAACAUCACUUUCUAAGGACCAUUUUUAGUAACACCAUCACCAUUUCUUUUCAGCCAAGGCAGCCUUUUAAUUUCCUCGCUGUAUAACCUUUUUCAGCCGGCAUGUUGCCAGCAGACCUUUUGGCAGACUAGAGCAGGGCAAACUUCCUCAUUGUCAGUGCACAACCCAUCGUGACGAUAAUCCUGUGAAGCAUCUCUGGCCAACAGCCCCUCAGCCCGGCCCCUGGGUCACAUCCAGGGAUUGGGAGGAGGUUCUGUAGUUGUAGUGGGGGUUCUACAGGAGACGGCCAUUUCCCUGGAGGAGCAAAGGGCCUUCUUGGCUCAGUCUGGUCCCCGGUUUAGGCACUUGUACUGCAGUGGUUAAGAAGAAAAUAGAUUGACGCGUAGUGAGCUAAAAAGUACUUUGCGGUGAUUUUUAAUUAAAAAAAAAAAAGUCCUCCGUUCAUUAUUUUUCCUAACAGGAAAUUUAUUUAUUUGACCGGAUUUUUAAGUAACAUAGGCUUUCUGGAGGUAAAUUAGCAGCACGAGUAUGAAUUCUUCUUCUUUUUCUCUUUUUUUUUUUUUUUUUUAAUUUAUGAUCCAUUUUGUAUGGUCUCAGCAGUUGAAUGACCUCAUUACUAAUAUUUGUUGUAAAAGUGAAGCUUGUUUGCCAACCAAUAAACAACUGAUCACGAUUUAGAAGAUA